GCCAGACCCGUGAGCACGCCCUGCUGGCUUACACCCUGGGAGUCAAGCAGCUGAUCUGUGCCGUCAACAAGAUGGACAGCACAUCACCACAAUACAGCGAAAGCCGAUACAAUGAAAUUAGGAAAGAAGUCUCCACCUACAUCAAGAAGAUUGGGUACAACCCCGUUUCUGUCCCAUUCAUGCCCAUCUCUGGUUGGGUUGGAGACAACAUGCUGGAGGAAUCUAGCAACAUGCCCUGGUUCAAGUGCUG